GGAAGAUGUGAUGUCAAAAGAACAGCGGCAGAUCUAUUGGCGGACCAUAUUCCUGAAGGAGAUCUGCCGACGAUCGUUAAUUAACGUGUAAUUGACCGGAUUAGAAAAACCCGUGGGAAGGGGAGGGCGUGGCAUCGUGAAAUUAGGCUGGUAGAUUAAAUUCCCCAGGUGACGCCAAACAAAACAGAACAUGGCCUGGGAGGUGAUUUGUAGUAGGCAUGAGUUAUAGGGGAGGUAAAUAGGAUAUAUAAGCGGCAGACGUUUUCUUUUGCUCUAUCACCUGGUAGACUGGUGAUGCUAGACUUGAGUUAUACUUGACGUAAAAACGCCCGAAAGAAAAAGAGAAUAUUUACCUCUACCUUACCUGUUACUUAUAUACAUCACAAAAGGCAAAUCAACAUGCUCGUGACAUCUCUUCUCACUCUCGCGUUCGCCGCAACUGGCUUCGCCCAAGCCCCCGAAGGCUACAAGACGGUUUACAUCACGUCCAUGGUAAACUCCAAGUUCGUCUUGGUUCCGAAGACGAACACCAGCGGUAGCACUCUAGUAAUCAAGACCGGCAGCCAAAAGCCCGAGCAGCAAUGGUACAUCAAGAGCGGCAGCACCAAGAUCCAGCUAGCCGGCACCAAGCUAUGUCUCGACGCCGGCGAGAAAUCUAACUGGAAGGACAUGGCCAACAUCUACGUCAAGGAGUGUUCCGACACCGCGGACUCGCAGAAGUGGGUAGCCAUGGCAGACGGGCGCAUCGCCGUCGAGAAGUCGAGCCCCCAGCAGUGUCUCGACCUCCAGUACAUGCGCGCCACGGAGAACAACCCCGUCGGCCUGUACAGCUGCGCGGGCCUAGGGAACUCCGGCGCCGCCGACAAGGGUAUCAACUGGCCCCUGACCGAGGUCGCUGCUCCCUGAAUACCUCAGGUACCUAGGGUCGACGACGAUCAGAAUAAUGAUGAUGGGUGGAUGGGUGGAUAUGGGGUACCUAACCUGCCCAGGUAGUCAAUCAAGGUCCUUGUAAAUAAAACAAAAUAAAAGUAGUUUGGGUUGAAAACGACGUGAAUCUUACGUUAGGUACCUGUACGUACCUACUGACCAUUGCA